CCCUAUUUAAUCUCGUCUUCAAACAAAUUCUGGAACAAACAAUCGACCACACUUUAAAAGGGGUUGAACUGCUUAAUGAGAACAAUGAACCCUGGACAAUCAAACACCUAGAAUAUGCCGAUGAUCUAUGCAUACUAGCCAAUGACACUGAUGAAGCAAUCAAAUCAUUAAACUCCCUACAAAAAUACCUUCGAAUGCUAAACAUGGAAAUCUCCACAUCAAAAACAAAAUAGAUGAUAAUAAACAAACAUGAUAACCCAACUCCAAUAACCAUUGAAAAUAAACAAAUUGAAGAAGUCACUAACUUUCUCUAUCUCGGCUCAAUACUAAAUCACAAAGGAUCAGCAGAUGAUACAAUCACACACAACAUAGCCAAAUCAAAGAAUGCUCUAAUCAAAAUAUCACCCAUCUUAAAAAGCAAAAAGCUCAACCUAUCAACAAAAACAAAACUAAUCAACACACUAAUAAUUCCUCAUCUCACAUACAGCCUAGAAUCCAUAGUCUUAAGGAAAAAAGACUGGUCCAGACUAGAAGCCGUCCUCAAUACGACACGACGCAUAAUCCUAAACAUUAAAGACAGAAAGGAACUCAACAUCGAACAACUACAUGAAAAAAUACAUCUUCCUAACAUUGCGACAAAAAUAAUGCAGAACCGACUCAACCUAUGGUAUACAGCAAAGAAAAGGUCAGAUAACAUAAUGAUCAAAACACUAACAAGUCACAUAGAAAACCCUUCCAAACACCGCAAUGCACAUACAAAAAACUGGAUUAGACAGUUAACCCAAGACAUUAAUGAAAUGAAAGACAAUCUUCCCACAAACUGGAAGAAGCAUCCAACAAAAGUAAAAAUUGCACCCACAAACACACAUCAACCCAAAGUAAUCGGUCAAAGACAACUAACACACCCAUGCAAGAACAUAAACUGCUACCGAAUGUUCGCCACAAAGAAGGAAAUGAAUCGACACUUUAGAAAUGAUCACAAUACUGUUAAUCCAAAUCUCAUUACAACAACAAAACUACACUGCCCAAUAACAGACUGCAACAAAACAUACAAAACAAUCGGAUGGCUAAAUAGACACAUCAUAUCAUGUCAUCCCCAAUACUCUCAACAUGAAACAAAAAAUAACAACAAUACACAAACCAAAACAAAAACACACACAUGUGAAACUAAUAACACACAACAAUGCCCAUACCCAGGAUGCAACAAAAUUCUACCAACGGCAAAAGGCAUCAUUAAUCACUGCUAUGUCGUACACAGAUGGUCAGCAAUCACCGGAACAGAAGUAAAGCCAAAGAAAAAACAGACAGCUAAAACAGCUAUUGAGCCCCGGUAGUUGUGCCUUGCUUCAUUGUAGCCUCUCCAGAAGGGCCAACAGGCUUCACCAAAAAGUUUGGCUGGAAGGGGCACCACAGGGAUGGGAGGCAAAAUCCGACUCACACGUCCGCGUCGUGCCUCCUGGAUAGUGGGACGAAUGUCUCAUGAACCAACGUGAGCGGUAACCCGGGUGGUGGAGAUCGGGCUAAUCACCCACUCUACCUAUACCCACCAACCGAUUACGAACUCCACAGAUAAACACAGCACAACUACACUUGGAAUGAAAAAAGACAAAAAAUCUUCUCGAAAGUGGUGCAUGUAUCAAACGGAGUUGCUCAUCAUUGGGCAAACUCUAAAAGUUUGCAGAAACAACCAUAACAGUCCUGGUAGUCGCGUCGUAACUCAAUGUAACCCACAGAGAGAAACGGCACGAUUACGUUUAAAUUGGAAAGUGAUAAAAUUCUUGAAAGUGGUGCAUGUACCAUUUGGAGUUGCUCAUCACUGGGCUAACUCCAAAGGAUUGCAGAAACAAAUAUUCUAGCCCCGGUAGUUGUGCCGUGCUUUGAUGUGGCCUGUUCCACUCCAGAAGGGCCUACUAGGCUUCACCAACUAGUUUGGCUGGAAGGGGCACCAC